AUGGCACCAAGAAAGGUAGCCAGCCCCGCGAGGCCUCGACGCGUCACCAGAGCACGAGCUGCUGGUGACAAUACCACAACCAUUACCGAAGAACCUCCUAAACGAAAGGCAACAGCUAAAGCUGCUGUACCUACAACGACCGCCACCAAGGCCAGUGAAGCCAAAUCACGCGUCACCAAGAAGACAGCCACGACUGCAGCUCCAAAAGCCGGUACACGUACCGCCAGAUCAACAAAGGCAGCACCACCAGCGGACACUCCGGAGAGUGAUCAUGAAGAGGAAGAUGUCAUUACCGUUAAUGUGUCGAAGCCACAGCCAAGAGCAGUGCGACCAUCUGUUCGCAGCACAGCUACCAAAGCAACCACAAUCGAAUCAUCCUUGGCUGCAGCUCCUCGGAGACGCGUCAAAGUUACCCCUCUAGAUCCAAUCGUCAACGAACCUGAGCCUGAACUUGAAGCCAAGCCGGAGAAGAAGACGAGCUCUAGAGCCAAGAAAGAAAAGCCAGCUGCAACCGCGUCAACGGCUACUUCUAGAAGCAAGCGUACUCGCGAAGCUGUCACACGCGAUGAACCCAAGGAAGAAACGUCGGACACAGAGAUGACCGAGCCUCUACCGAAGAAGCGAGGUCGAACGCGCACCAACGUGGAGGAAGUACAGGAAGAGGCCCCAGCACCAGUGGCAUCCAAGACUCGGGGAAGACCAAAGAAAGAGAAAGUGGUCGUAUCUCAACCUGUUGAAGAACCAUCAACAACAGUCAGACAAACCCGUACGCGGACCGGGUCUAACGCAUCCGUACCCACUAUUCAACCUACAAUUGCAGUUAUAAUCCCACGGAAGAAGGUCACGUUCCAAGAUCUACCAGAUGAAGAGGAAGAGAAAGAGAAUGUCAGACCUGCUGCAAGGACUGGAAAGAAAGCAGCCUCUACUUCAACAAAAAAGACAGAGCCAGUGAGUCGGGGAAUUCGAGCCAAGCCUAUCCGGAAGGGAGCUUCUGCUACGACAGCCAAAGCUACCCGAGGCAGAGCAGCUGCAAAGAAUGCCAAAGAGACCGAUAUAGAGACAUCUGAGAAGAUUCAGCAGAGAGCUCUGACGCCGAAGAAGAUCACACAAGUUGCCAAAGCUUCCGUGCCCGAUAGUGAUGAAUCAGAGGAUGAACUUGCGGGUGCCAAAACGCCUGUUCGCGAUUUGAGCAUGUCUCCAAAGCGUGGCAUUAUAUCCUCGUCGCAGAGACUUUCUCCCGCCAAGAAGUUGGACUUUACGACUGUUCUUACUGCUCAACCUAAAUCGCCGAAGAAGAUAGAUGGCCUCGAGACCUCAGGGAUCGCAAGCCCACCUCGUCGAAAUCCCGCAUCACCAGCAAAAGAACAAUUUGAUCAGUCACCUAGAAGAGCACCAGAGGGAGUGACCAUCUUCAGAGCUCACCUGCCAGACUCGAGCCUUGGUGGAUCUCUGGCUUUGAGUGCCUCGAAUUUGAAUACCCAAUUGUCUCAGUCUCCCAAGAGAGGACUUCUGGACUCUUCAAUCUUUCCUGCAUCAGCAGCGAAAUUGUCGAAAUCUCCGUUCAAAGCUUCCUUGCUGUCUUCACCAGCUCGACGGCUAUUUUCUCCCUUGAAGCAGAAGACGCCAGCUCGCACCUCACCUUCACCCACGAAGAAGGCAAGUCUCACACCUCUUUCAGAAGUCGGCUCCGUCAAGAGUCCUGGAAAUGUGGAUCUUGCAAUGACCUCACAUUUCCGCUCUUCAGUAUCUCCUCAACGCCAAGCAAGAGUGUACAGAAUGAGUGACGAUGAGCUCGCACAGGAGACAGGCGCAAAUUUGGACUUUGAUCAGUCGGUCUUGACUGUGAGAAGCCCACUCAAAGUUGACCAAACCAAACCUUUCUUCGGAGAUGUCUAUGAGAAUAUGGAAGUCGACGCCCCUUCGGUUCAAGAUGAAGAGGAACACGAGGCUACAGCAGACGAAGACAAUGAUGAAGUGGCUGAAUCAAUUGCUCCUAUUUCAACUUCGACGGCUGCAGACCACCUGCCCGAAGCAGAACCAAAUGGCGAUGAGACUAUUGUAGAUCCCGAGCUAGAUAUUGAAGAAUCAUCUGACCUGGGCGACGACCCAGCUCAAUCACCCGCAGCGUCAAGCCACUUAUCUGAAAGCGAGGACUCGGUUAUUCACCAUGAACCCUCCGUCAGUCGACCUAGAAUGUCGAAUAUUCUGUUUAGCCGACUCAGAGAUACUGCAGACGAAUCCGAGGACGAGCUUGCUGGAGAUGAAACACCUGACAACAAGCAGUCUGGAUCAUCUUUCCGACCCAUUCUGAACCAAGCCAACAUUCGAUCUCGAUUAUCUACCGGUGUUGCUCCGCCAAGCGCCUCACGAAAUCUAGGAUUCACUCCACUUGCAGCAAAGAUUCGAGGCUGGGCUGCUUCUAGUCCUGCAAAGAAGGUCAAAGCGAGCGAAGCUGCUGCUCUAUCACGAGGUCUCUUCUCUCCUGUUGCUCAAAUCCAUGUGGAAGGUUCGGUUGAACUGAAUAGACAAGAAACGCCUGGGCGAUCCGCCUCGAAGAGAAAAUCUUUUGCAUCUUAUCGACAAUCCCUCGGCCCAUCUGUGACCGGAAGUCCUGCAAACGCUGAUUUCUUCGCAGAUGGUAUGGCUGCUCAAGAUUUCGAGGACCAGGCCGAUAGUCUGGAGGAAGAUGACGUGAUUGGAGAGGAAGAUCUCAAUGAACUCGUACAAAAAGACAGGGAAGAACUCAAUCUUUUGCCUUCAGAGGAUGUUGAUUCUGUUCAUUCUGAUGCCCAGAAUGACGAAGAUAGCGUGUCUGAGGACCUCGACCACGAACCGGGUGAUCUCACCACCGACUUGAUCAAAUUCACCAACGCCUCCGAUACUGCAAUGGUGGACUUCCAAGCUUUAGCUAGUGAGGCUAAGGAGUUGGCGGACGAGCAGCACGAGACGGAGUUCAAGCAGCAUGUCGUUGACGCUGGUGAGAGAAGUCUUCUCAGCAACGAACCUGAGCUGGAUGUGAUGGAUGAAGAGCCCUCGGCCUUAAGCAGCUCUUCUGACAACUAUGCUGAUGAGAAUGUUGCUCCAUUGCAAGGCAAGGUUAUGACGCCAGAACCUGAACUUGAAGAGCACGAGGAUGAGUCUACCGAAGCUGUUGCGCCAGAACGCGAACUCCCAGAGAACGACGAUGAUUCCACGGAAGUUGUUGUGGACGAUACCGUGGUCAUCCACCGCCAUAACCCAGACGAGCCGGCAGCUACUGUUGAGCAAGAUGACGAGUUUGAAAACGAGCAAAAUGAGGUCAAUGCUUCAACCAGUAUUGCGAUCACGCCCUCAGUGGUGGCAUCCAACACUGCCAACAUAAGCGACGAUAUUGAGCCUAUCGAUUUCAAUGUUACACCUAUUCGGCCUGAUCCAAGCCUCCCGCGAUAUAUCAACACUGUGGUCUCGAAGGUUCCACUACGUCCCGAGGGUGAUAUUCCUGCCGCUUCUUCGCCAUUGAAAGUUAUGAGAAAGCGAGCUCGAUCCUUGUCUGCUGCCCCGACAAUGGCCGUCAAGAGACGAAGCCUUGGCUUCGGUCCUGACGCUCUAGGCGCAAGAAAUCAAUUGCUUGCCACUCCAAAGGCAAAUGACAAGAUCAGUUCUUCUCCCCAAAGACGCAUUCGUAGUGCAGCCCCUAGUCCAGCACAUUCACUUUUCUCCAGUGUUACUACACCCGGACAAAUGAGCUUUGCUAUUGACGAUUUUGGCGACAGCACUUUGGAUGGGAUUGAUUUGCCAGAGGAUGAAUUGAUGUCUGAUGACAUUGUUGAGACCACAACUCCUGCUCGGAAUGAGGAUGGAGACAGACAGGAGGAGAGUUUCAUGACCAUUGGCUCAGCCCUGUUCAAGACUCCAGCGAUGUCGGCAAAGAGACCCAACAGCGCCAUCUCAUCUGUUCAGUCAAAGCAAGGGCCUACUCCACGCUAUGCCAUGAGUACCAAAUCCAGCAAGAGCCGGAAUAGUGUGCUCCCAAACCCUACACCGUCGAAAGUCGCUGUGCCAACCACUAAAACUCCUGCGACUGCUAAGACCAAGACACCAAUCACACUUUCAAAGGGCAAGACUCCUCUCAAAACUCCAGUCCCAAGUCGCACACCACUCAAGGCAGUCAGUGAUGGCGUAUUAACAGGAGCUGUGGUUCAUGUAGACGUUCAUACUAGCGAAGGUGCAGAUGCAUCCGGGAUCUAUGUGGAACUACUGACUUCGAUGGGUGCUCGAUGUGUCAGAGACUGGAGAUGGAACCCCCGUGCAAGCGUCGCCCAAACAUCGAAUGGAGAAAAUUCACCUAUCGCAGAGACACCCGGCACAAGCAUCGGAAUGACACACGUCAUCUAUAAAGACGGUGGAAAGCGAACUCUUGAAAAAGUGCGUGCAGCUAAAGGGCAAGUUCUGUGCGUUGGCGUGGGAUGGGUUCUUGACUGCGAGCGCGAAGGCAAAUGGCUAGAUGAGGCAUCCUACGAGGUGGACUCAACAAUCCUACCUCGAGGUGGUUCGAGAAGACGCAAGUCAAUGGAACCGAGAAUGUUGAUCAAUGCCAAUGGCUUUCUCUCCGCGAAACGUGAUGGAAGACGCUCUAUCAGUGCAGAAUAUGCUGGCCUGACGAAUGAGAUGAAAAUGGAUCUGAUCAACACGCCAGUCCGAGGCAAAGAACAGCUUACAGGUGUUGAAGAUGACAAUUCCGAAGCAGACUUCAAUGAGUCUAUUGUUGCAAAUGCUCAUAUUGGUGACGAAUCUGAACUCUCAUCUACCUUCAACUCCCCAAUAGCUGCCACUAUUGGUGGUGGAGGUGAGACAACCGACUUGCGUCAAUUGCUGGCGGAUUACGACGCUGGAGAGGAAGGCGAAACCGAAAUUGAAGGCACGCCGAACUUCAGACUCUUGACUCGCAAUAUGGAUGUCUCGACUCCUGAGGGUGCAUUUCUGGCAGUCGACUACGAUCCACGCACUGCAGCCACGCCAAUGACACCAUAUCUUCUCGCCAAAGAGAAAAGCCUGGUCCAGAUGAGUGCACCUCCCAAGCAAAUCCAACAAGGUCUCUUUGAGCGCGACGAGGAAAGCGACAACUCACUUAUGUACGAUGGCGCCGAGCGCGAUUCAACCUUGAACGGAGCAGACGCUGAGAAUGGUGAGAUGAAAGGCGAGAUGAAGAAGUUUCAGGUCAAGAUGAAUGGUGUGACUCGGGGUAAAGGUGCCGCUGGUGGCAAGGGGAAGGACAUGCGACGUAGAACUCUUGCUGCCGCAACGGCCAAUAUUGCCUUUCAGCCUGUGGUCGGAAGCCCGUUGAGGAAGCAGGAUUGA